AUGGCAGAGACCUCGGACGAUACACCCGUCCCAUCAGACGGCCAGUUGUCACCUCAAUCAACAGCAUCCGGGCGCGACCCCUCUAGGCCUGCUAAACGACAACGACGCGUUGCAUUAGCAUGCCAGCGAUGUAAAACGCGCAAACAACGAUGCGAUGGCGGGCAUCCCAAGUGUACAUCGUGCUCGAAGACCUCGAACGAGUGCGUGUACGUUUUCCAACCUGCAGGCGCGACGCAUCACAUCAAAGCGCUUGAGGAAAGGGUCGCCGAGCUCGAGACCGCUCUGUCGUUCUAUGGCGCAGCAGAAGUAGGCGAUGACCACUUCCGCAUCGCCAAGCUCAUGCCACAGGAAGGCGCUGGAUCCGAGAAUGGGAACGAUGUAUUCGUUGCCAUCAGAGAUCUUUCACUGGCAGCUUCGGGACAUUAUGUUGGCGGAACAUCAUCGCUGUCCAUUGGCAGAGUUCUCAAUUCGAUCGUGCAGAGUCAGCAGCCAACAGAUAGCGGGACGAUCGAUCGUGAUGGCCCGAGUAUUGAGGACCCAUCCCCAAGGUCGCUGCACGACGCGAGACUGGAGCAGAUGGUCAACCUGACCUCGAUGGACAGCAACACGGCAGACAGACUGAUCGUCGGUUGGCAUCGACACAUCGCGACGCGAUACCCCAUCAUCCAUACUCCGAGAGUCACCUGGUUGCAUGCGAAUCGGGCACGAUUGACCAAUUUGCACGACAAGUGCGUAUUGAACCUGAUUUACGCUGUCAGCGGUCGAUGGCUCGAGUCCUCUGGCGAGGGUGGAUACUUCUUCAGUGACAAGCACUACGAUAUCGCAUACCAAGAGAUGAGCUCGAUCUUGAAGCUGAGGGACUCCCGAAGCCUCGACUAUUUGCUGUUGCUGACGCUUUACUGCACUCGAGCACCACGAGAUCCAGGAGCAUGGACCUUCAUCGGCCUCGCUAUCCGCCAAUGCAUCGAGCUCGGUCUUCACAGGGAUCGUCACGAAUCAGGUCCGACGAUAGAUGGCGAGAUGGCUAAGCGCCGCUUCUGGGCUGCAUACUUCUUGGAAAGAGACAUUUGUAUAGCGAUUGGCAGACCAUUCUCCCUCAGCGACCAUGACAUCGAUGCACCGCUCCCUUUGGACGUCAACGAAAACCUAGACGACGAGGAAGAGCUCCGAAGAGUAUGGCAGGAGACUAUGGGAACAGGAUCGACAGGCCGUAGCCGCAGAACCUCAAAUUUGUCGCCCUUCAUUCAUCGCACAAAGCUGAAGCGGAUCGAGUCCGAAAUCCAGAGUGUGGUCUACCGGGUUGAUCAAGCUGAUCAGGCAUCUGAUGCUACCAUAAUGGAUUUCCUUGGCCGACUGGAGCAGUGGCGAGCUGACAUCCCCGCGUCUGCUCAGACAUUCAAGCCUCAGCAGCACUCCGGUCCGUAUGACGGAUUGGAGUUCUUCACCAUCCACUAUCACAGGACUGUACGAUUCCUGCUGUACCCGCGGUUGACGACGACACCGAAUAUGCACUACCUCAAGCUAUGUGCCCAGGCUUGCUCCGGUAUCAUUAGCGACUACCGUCGUUUGCAUCAAGUCUUCCCUGUCGGUUUCUCGGCACUAUCAAUCCAGUCAGUCUUCCUUGCUGGUCUGACGCUGGUCUACUGCGCUUGGCUCAGUCCAGGAUUCGUUGAAGUCGAAUCCUCGUUCGCCGAUUGUCAGCUACUGUUGUAUGUGAUCACGGAGAGGUAUCCAUCUGCGAAGAAAUAUCGGGACAUAUUCGAGCGUCUGCGUAACGCUAUCAGAGAUCUCCUUCAGACUGGCAAUCAUCAGCCUGGAGCUCCUGUUCCGAGCCUAGCACUAGAUCCUGCGAUGUUGCAACAUGACUUUGCGGACUUGCUAGGACAAGAGAGCACGAUGGGAGGGUGGGCUGCACAUUCAGGCAUUGGCACUGACUUCACGCACAUGAUAAACACUAUGACUGGUGCGAGUGGCAAUGUGUUCGAAGGCAAUAUGUGGUCACAGCCUAUGAGUGGUGGGCAACAACUUUACAAUGGACAGGGCUACAUGGAGAUAUGA